GCAAUGCUGGUAGAAGAGGUUGCGACCAGCCUUCCGGCGGCAAAACUAGCAGCUGUCACGCGCAAUCCUUGCACUGGUGCUAUCUAUGGGGAAGGUGGUGUAUCGGCAAGGCCUGACAGAUGAGGCUGUUCAGAUUAAAGCUUGGCUUUUGCGGCUAAGCGAGACUGAACAAGGAAACUUCUACUGGGAUGAUUUCGUGUCAGUCUGCGGGUCCUGUAAAGAGAUGCUAAGCAGCGUUGUCCAGUAUGUCAAGGCCGGAAAGGAGCUGGCAAGUGCUUUCAGUUUGAGUGUCGCGAAACUUCCCUUCGGUCUGGAUGCGGAGAGUUGCCGGUGGCGCGGCCGACGUAUUGCGGCAGUCAUCCCUUGUUUGGUGGCUACCGGGCUACCGGCUCCCAGAUGCCAUGGUGGGAGAUGUGGGCCCGGCGCAGAUGACCGCUUUGACAUUUCCAUGGUGCCCACACGGCGCUGCAACGAGGUAUUUGUCUUUCCAGGCUAA